AGUAUAAAAACUCUUGAUAAACGAUACGAGCAUUCAAAUACCAGUGAACAUUCGAACCUGUCCUUUGUUCCAGCUGAACGCCAUUACUUCCUCUCUCGAGCUGCAGCCAUGAAGACCGUCGCCAUCUUCUUCGUCUUCUUCGUCGCCAGCGCCCUGGCGGGAAUUACGGACGAGCAGAAAGAGAAACUAUUCCAGUUCAAAGAUGAAUGCAUGGCGGAUACCAAAGUCGACUCUGAAAUGAUACACAAAGCACUGGCUGGCGAUGACACGGAGAACGAGGGCAAACUUCAAUGUUUCGCUGCUUGCAUACUGAAGAAGAUUGGGAUCAUGGAGCAGGAUGGUUCCAUUAACGUAGAAGUUGUCAAAAAAAAUGCCCCCGCUGAUGUUCCCAACGAGCAGAUCGAAGAAGUUUUGAACAAAUGCAAAGACAUCACCGGUGCCACUGACUGCGAGAAGGCGGGCAACUUGGUGAAAUGUUUCUUGGAGAACAAAACCUUUAAUAUCUUGAGCUAAAUUUUGUACACGCGACAAAAAGGUUAUGCAAACAUACGAGUGAACGAUACAAUAGCAUAGUGGACUUAUUGGCAUCGUUAAUUGGCAUCAUUAAUUUACCUACAUUUAUUUUUCAAAUUCAAUAAACAAUUUAUUCGCAA